CCCGCCCUCCUGAUAAGCCCGCGACCGCCGCCCGGCCGCCGGCGCCAGCGACAGCACACCACCGCUCCGCCCGUGUUCAGCAGCAUGUCCCCGUCGAGGCCUGCCCCCCGGGCCGUGCCCCCGGCUGCGGCCCCGGCCCUCGCCCUCCUGGCCCUGCUGGCGCUGCCGGGUGGCAGCCUCGCCGGCCCCGGGCAGCUCAAUGCCAACUCGGGCCUCCUGCCCGCGCACAAGAAGAUGCAGAUCGUGGGCGGGAUGGCAGCCGACAUCAAAGAGUUCGGCCACCAGGUGAGCUGGCUGCGUGCGGGCAGGCACAUGUGCGGGGGCUCCAUCAUCACGCCGGAGUACAUCAUCACGGCGGCGCACUGCUGUGUCGAGCUGAACCUCACCAUCUCCGAGGUCUUGGCGGGCAGCACGAUCAUCCCGAGCAAGGGCCGCGGCCAGGUGGCGCAGAUCGUGGACGUGUACGCGCACCCCGACUUCGACCCCAUGACCUACACGAGCGACAUCGCCGUGCUCAAGGUCUACCCCCCGUUCCGUAUGGACGAGUCGGUCCGGUCCAUUCCGAUCAUCGACCCCGCCAACUCGCCGCACACCGGGGACCCCGUGUACGUCACGGGCUGGGGCAAGUUGUCGGAGUUUUCUUCGACAGCGGCGACGAUCCUCCAGAAGGUCAAGGUGCAGAUGAAGGACUUCGAAACGUGCAAGGCGAGAUACGGCGAGAUACCCAUGGUGCUGACGGACACCACCUUCUGCGCGGCGGCCGACGGCAAGGACGCGUGCCAGGGCGACAGCGGGGGGCCGCUCAUCUACAAGAUGGGCGACAAGGACUACCUCCUCGGGAUCGUGUCGUCCGGGAAGGGCUGCGCCGUCAAGGAGUUCCCGGGGCUGUACACCGACCUGCGCAACGAGAGGAUGAGGAGCUUCGUGAGCAAGGUCACCGGCAUGAAGCUCUGAUCGAUGCGCCGGGCCACGACUGUACGAUCAAUAAAGUGCGCGCUCACCGCCCACGGA